CAUAUAUAUAUAUACACAUAUAUAUAUUUUGUUUUUUUGUUUUUUUUUUGCAAAAACAUUAUUCCAUGUCAUCUUUAUUUUAAUCUCCCCGGGUCACCAAAACUGGUGCAGCUGGAAGCAGCCGCCUCCACCCCCUCUCCCACCCCCGCCCCCUCCCCUAAAUCCGAGGAAUAUGGCGAAAGUGGAGCAGGUUUUGAGCCUAGAGCCGCAGCACGAGCUCAAAUUCAAAGGUCCCUUCACAGAUGUUGUCACUACCAACCUUAAGCUUGGCAACCCUUCUGACCGAAAUGUAUGUUUUAAAGUGAAGACUACUGCACCCCGCCGGUACUGUGUGAGACCCAAUAGUGGAAUUAUUGAUGCAGGAACAUCAAUCAAUGUGUCUGUGAUGCUACAGCCUUUCGAUUAUGAUCCUAAUGAGAAAAGUAAACACAAGUUUAUGGUUCAAUCUAUGUUUGCUCCGACUGACACCUCAGAUAUGGAAGCAGUAUGGAAGGAAGCAAAACCAGAAGAUCUUAUGGAUUCAAAACUUAGGUGUGUGUUUGAAUUGCCAGCAGAGAAUGAUAAACCGCAUGAUGUAGAAAUAAAUAAAAUUAUGUCCACAACGGCAACAAAGACAGAAUCAUCUGUUAUGUCUAAAUCUAUAAGUUCUUCUUUGGAUGAUACUGAAGCUAAGAAAGUAAUGGAAGAAUGUAAAAGGCUGCAAGUAGAAGUUCAGAGGUUACAGGAGGAAAACAAACAAUUUAAGGAAGAAGAUGGGCUGCGGAUGAGGAAGACACUGCAAAGCAACAGCCCUGCUUCUGCUUCAGCCACCAUUGUGAAAGAAGAAGGGCUUAGUACCCGACUUCUUGCUCUGGUCGUUUUGUUCUUUAUCGUCGGUGUAAUUAUAGGGAAAAUCGCCUUAUAGAGGCAGCAUGCAAAGGCUGGUAAAUUGGAUUGAUGGAUCUGCCAUAUCAUGGGAUUUAAAUUUAUUCAUAACAAAGAAAUUAAUGUAUGACAUCUCACAGGUCUUGCCUUUAAAUUACCCCCCCUCCCCCUGCACAAAUAUAACAUAACAUAAUAUCCUAGAAAGUUUGAAAUGUACAGUGAGUAAUCAGGGCAAAAACUAAAUGCAAAAAGAAUGAUCUUUACUAAAUGCAAGGAAAAUCAUGGUUAAUACUCAAAUGAUAUGUUGUAAAUGCAAUUUUAAACAUUUUUAGACCUUGGUACAUGUUGCUGGAUUACCUCUUUUAAAAUGAGAAACUGGUUCCUUGACUGCUAGAGUUUCCCCUUCAGAUAGUGGGAAUUAGAGCUAAGCAGGAAAGGUCAGGAAUCUCUGUAAAAUAUAUUAAUCCACCAUACAUACUGCUCAUGAAUUUAAGAGUUUCUGUCCAUGUCUUCAGUUCUGUACAAGUUAUCAAUUAUUUUUUGGAAACUUAAGUGAAUUCAGAAGCUGAAAAGAAUUAAGUGAUGGCAUUGAAUGUGCUAGUCACCAAUAUAAGGCAUAAAUUGAUUAAUGGUACAUAACAUUUUAGGAGAAAGGUUAUUGCCUCAUUUCUCUUAAAGGGACCAAGCUAAACUGCUAUUGGUUCGUUUAGUUGAAUUAAACUGUUAUUCAGAGAUGUUUAAUGCCUAUUUAACUUAUUUAAUGUAUUUCAUCUCAUGUUUCCUUAUUGUCACAAGGUUAUGACUAAUGCUAUGGCAUAGAAAUCACCGCUCUAAAGCUGGUGAGUUGAUUUGUCAUUGCUGCUGGAGAUCUGUGGGAUCCUUCUUUCUCCUGCUGUUUUGUUUUUUGUUUUUUUUCUUUUUUUGGAGGGGCACUACAUAAAUGUGGACUUUGGAUUUAUUUGAACAUUGGAAAACAACGGUCAGGAAAUGUUUUUCUAUGUAAAUAAAUAACAUCUAUCUUGGGGAAGGGAGGGAAAUUAUACCAGUAGUAAUAAUAGUCAACUCUUGAUUACCCUGCUGGUGGAGGGGUAGCCAUAGUGCAGAUAACCUUUUAAAAAAUGUUAUUUUAAUGUCACUCUUGAAUUCAUCCUAUUUCACUUUCCCUCACUGUGCUUAGUCUCAGUCCCUAUCCCCUGCUCACCCCACCCCCAAAUUUGGCCCUUAAUUGGAUUAGCAACAUGGAAAGUUAUCCCAGUAGUAUGGAGGGGACAGUAUCCUAGAAAUGACUAGGGGAGAUAGUCCUGGAGAGAAAACUGGGAGGCAGGAGAGAGGAGACCCACCCCAAAUGAGAGGCUUGGUGAUCAGGGGAAACAUUCCCCCAACUAACCUACAAAGCAGAUAAUUGAGAGUUGACUGUAAAUUAGUUCUAUGCCGUAAAUGACCAAUCCUGUUGGACUAUGUAGCAUCUUUAAAAGAAAAAAAAUUAAAUAAAGCCCCAAAAUGAA